AAAAAAGUCUCUUCACAAACAAACUCCCACAUAUCAUUUCUUGCUUUUUUCCACUCAAUCAAAUCCAUUGAAACCCAAAAACUCUACGAACUCAAUCAUUACUUUUCAUCAUCAUAAGUUCAUUAAGGACUUAAUCCUACACUACUAAUUCUCUAUUUUUUAGCCCAAAAUAAUAUUGCUAAAUGCUUAAGAAAAUAAGAAAAAAAUAAAAAAUAAAAAUCCAUUAUACUAAAUCCAUUCGCUAAACAAUCUCGAUUAACUUAUCCCUUUCUUUUUAUUAUUACAAGCAUAAUGCCUAUGGUCCUCUUGUAAUUUCCUCAAAGUAGAAGGGCAGAUAUUUGACUCCAAUUUAAGAAUUCAAUUCCUUUACCAUUUUCAUUUCUCUUCCCCCCGCCACGCCACCUUUUUAGUUUCUUUCUCUCUCUCAGCUCAACUUCUUUUCCCCCACUGACCACUACUAUGACGCCGGAAGCCGAAAGACACAAUAAAAAUAAACCCCGGUCGAACCGUCCUCCUGGCCGGGAACCGGUCCGAUCGCCACGAGUCCCCUUGCGCCUCCUUCUGCGCGUGUCUUCAGUCGCGUGCGGCAUACAAUUCGGUUGGGCGUUACAAUUGUCUCUACUCACACCUUAUGUGCAAGAGCUCGGCAUCCCCCACGCCUGGGCGAGUAUCAUAUGGCUCUGCGGACCGAUUUCCGGUUUUUUCGUCCAGCCGCUGGUUGGUCACAUGAGCGACCGGUGCACGAGCCGGCUCGGCCGCCGCCGUCCUUUUAUAAUCGUCGGCGCUGCGUCGAUUGUGAUCGCCGUACUAAUUAUCGGGUUCUCCGCCGACAUCGGGUGGCUGUUCGGAGAUCGCGGUGAAAUUAAGCUGCGUGCGAUUGUGGCGUUCGUCAUAGGGUUUUGGCUCCUCGAUGUUGCGAAUAAUAUGACGCAAGGGCCUUGCAGAGCUCUGCUUGCUGAUCUCACUGAAAAGGACCACAGGAGGACUCGUGUGGCAAAUGCUUAUUUUUCUUUGUGGAUGGCCGUUGGCAAUAUCCUCGGGUAUGCAACUGGAGCUUACAGUGGCUGGUUUAAGAUAUUUCCAUUUACACUUAGUGCUGCCUGCAACGUCAACUGUGCGAAUCUCAAGGCUGCAUUCAUUCUUGAUAUCAUUUUCAUAGCAAUUACAACUUAUGUAAGCAUUUCAGCAGCUCACGAACAGCCAUUAGAGAGCCAACAGGCUUCACCGGGGUCAAGCCAUGAACAAGAAGCUUUCCUCUGGGAACUGUUCGGAACUUUUAAGUUUUUCCCUGGUAUCAUUUGGAUUAUAUUGCUUGCCAUUGCCCUCACUUGGACGGGAUGGUUUCCAUUCCUUCUCUUUGAUACUGACUGGAUGGGUAGAGAAAUUUAUGGUGGGGAGCCAAAUGAUGGCCACAAUUAUAGUGCUGGAGUCAGAAUGGGUGCUCUUGGUCUUAUGUUGAAUUCUGUGGUCCUUGGAAUAACUUCAGUGCUCAUGGAGAAGCUCUGCCGAAAAUGGGGGGCUGGUUUUACAUGGGGAGUUUCAAAUAUUAUCAUGGCUCUUUGUUUUGUUGGAAUGCUUGUCAUAACUGCUGUCAGAUCUCAUUUGGACAUCGGUCAUCGUCUUCCUCCAGAUGGGAUUGUGAUUGCUUCACUAAUUGUAUUUGCAGUCCUAGGAGCUCCACUUGCGAUAACCUAUAGUGUUCCCUAUGCCUUGGUGUCAUCCCGAAUCGAAGCUUUAGGGCUUGGCCAAGGAUUGUCAAUGGGUGUUCUCAACUUGGCAAUUGUGGUCCCGCAGGUAUGGGUCUGUAGACCUUUUUCUUUUUUGUGUGCGUGUCUAUAUAUACAACACACACGCGCGCACACACACACACACACGUGUGUGUAUUUGGUUCGAUGAUGAUUUGUUUUGUCUGAUGGGGUAAAUUUGCAAAAUGAGUGUCUAAUCCAGUUUCCAUGGGAUUCUGGUUUAGUUUUUUUUUUACUUGUUAAGGCCUGAACUAAAAUUCACCAACAUAAACCACAGAGUUGUCUUUAUCUUAUGGUGAUGCAAACAGGCAAUUUUAUCGCUUUAUGAUUUACCUAAAAUUUCCCUGGUUUGUCAACAUAUUGGCCUUUUUAUUAUUACUAAUGUCUGUUACAUGAAUUUUGCACAUUACGGAACUUUUCAGGCUUUGUUUUGCCAGAUUCUUCGUCUUAAAUAAAAUAAAAUAAAAUAAAGUUUGGAUUGCCCCAAUGAAGUUUGAACCGAUGACAUCAUGGUGACACCAGCUCUCACUCCGAUUUUCUUCUCUUACUGAGCUAUUCAUUUUAUAAGUUUGGUUUUGUGCCACUUCUAGUAUAACAUGUAGCUACAUAAAUACCUAGAAUACCAAAUUCUUUUAUCCGUAGCUAAUUGUUGGGGAGCAUCAAGGAAAAGGGUGGAAGAUGGAGGAAUUUGAGUGCAUAGAUGGAAUAGAACAGGUGUUUUUAUCUGAAAUUUCAAAAGAUCUAUUUUAUCUUGACAGUUGUUUUUUGUGUUAUGUGAAAUAGAUUAUUGUGUCUAUCGGGAGUGGACCAUGGGAUGAGCUAUUUGGGGGUGGAAACUCACCAGCCUUUGCAGUUGCAGCUAUCUCAGCACUUGCUAGUGGCCUCAUUGCUAUUUUGGCAAUUCCACGAACAAGGGUGGAAAAAACAAGGAUUCUUCCAUGAGGUAUGGCCCCUGUCCUCUGUUUCCUAUAUUAGUGUGUGAUACAGAGACAGAAUUACGUAUCUAGACAUAAGAAAUUUAUUAAUUUUCACAAUACUUGCCUUCUUGUUGACCCACUUAAAUUAUAGUUUUAGUUUUUAUCUUACAGGUGACCAAAUCUUCCACCAUGUGGUCUUUUUGAAUUAAAUUGCAUGAACAUACAAUAAAAUUUUUAUUUUUUACCUUCUCUUUACUGCAUUAUCUGUUGUCAUCGCCUCUUAUUCCAUUUUUGCAUUUGUUGACACCUAUGAUCAAUGCUGCGUGUUAAUCACCCAAAGGUUUGCAAAGUUAUCGUGUUGUCCAGAGCUCCACCAAAACACAAGAAUUACCAAGAGAUCCUUUUUCUUUCCCCUUCUGUCCUUGCCAUUUUUGCAAAGAUGCAACGUCUAAGUUCCUGGGAGUGGGGGAUGAAGGACGAGAGGAUCAUUAGUCCGGGGGAAGGGCUGCCGAGUUACUAGGUGCAGGGAUAGACUGAGCAACAAUAGAUUUUAUUUUUUAUUUUCUUUGGUUCUGUAUCCAUUUUAGGAACUUGCCCAAUUGAGGGCAUCCCUUGCUGCCUAUCAUCAGAAUUGGCGUCUUAUGGAGGUUGGCUAUAUGGUGUUGGGGAAUCUCAACGCGGCCACGAAAGUGAAUCAUUGUUGUUUGAUGCAUUUUUGCUUUUCCUCAAACAAAUGGUUGACUUUCUGGCUCCACAACGAGGUAUUAUGUUGUAUCAUUUAUUGGCAUAUCUUUUGUCAAAAAGAGUGAAUUUAUGUACACCAAGAUUUUGUAAAUAGCAUUGGAUAUUUAAUGAUUCCAUCGGAAUUGGAUUUAGUACAACUUUUUUUAUGUGAAAAGAGAUGAUGAUGUUUGUUUUCAAUCAAUUUAAGUCACGAAAUCCAAUUUGCUUCUGCAUUUCCUGUCAAAGAAACUAUUACGCUAAAUACUCUUGUAUUCUCCCCCAUAAUCUAUUUAAACUCAUAUUUUUCCAAGUUGUCACUUAUGAUUUACUUUCUUCUCCUGCUGUUUCUCUGCGUUCCAUCAAACUUCUUUUGACACACAUGAUUUUGCCAGUAAUAUGAAUAAUGUCGUCUAUGCACUGAAGAGCAUGAAAAGCUUAUGAUAAUACUCCUCGUCUUAGCAGCAAGUCUACUGCAUUUUAAGCACAUGCAUGAUGAAAAACUGGUGAGCUGUAAGGUCUAGUAGCUUUAUGAAGGGAAUCUAUAUCGAGGCUUUCAUCCUAGAAAGGAUUGGUCAUGUUUCAAGUUCAUCGUAUAUUUGUAGAGGUUUAUACUCUCGAGUUCACAUUCAUCUUGAAGCAUUUGGGUAAGCUGAUUAAUUUGUGAACCUGCUGAACAAUGGAAAAUGUUAUACAUGAACAAAUGUAAACCAUUUGAAGAAUUUUUGUUGAGCCAUUAGAAUUUUUGUUGAGCCAAACCAUUUGAAUGUUAUAUAUUUGUUUGGGGAUGAGGACCUAAACUCUAGACAAAUCUCCUUCUGUUUGAUCAUGUAUCAGAGUUCAGUGUCGUGUACUCCGUUCGUCCAGAAACAUAGUCCACAUUGUAAUUUGUGAUUUUUACUGUUUUAGUACAAUUUACAAAACUACAAUGUGCCUUUUUUGGGACAAAGAGAGUACCAUUAGCUAGCUGGGGAACUGGUACUGAGCAGUAAGUCUCUUCGACAUUUGAAACUUUUGCAAUUAGUAAAUUGUAGAAAGUUUACACUGACUUCCGAAACCGUCUUGUAGCUCAGGGGAGAUGAAAAGGAACUAUUGCGUAGAUUCCAGGUUUUUUGUUUUCAUCAUAGGUUAUAUAGCAUUGAAGGAAAAGUUUUGUUACGGAAACCUUGAGAUUCUAAGAGGUUUGUGGUUCUUCUGGAAUGAAGGAUUCUAGAUACUGUAGUUAGCGGUCAUUGAUGAGAAGAAUGUCGGCAUCGAUGAAAAACUUCUUUGAUCACUGUUCAUUCAGUAAUUUUCACCCCUUAUUAGUGAUAUCUGAUCUGGUUAUUUAAGUCUGCUCAUGUAGCCAUGUACCAAUCCAAGCAUGGGUAGAAGAUAUGCUUGUUGGCCAAUGGUUCAUAGGAUAAUGCCCCAAUGACACAACAUAAAAGUAGAGGUGCUGAUACUCCUGUUUUUAGCUUUUUUUUUGUGUUUUGAUUCUCUUUCUGAUGUUUGUGUUCUGGAAGGCCUGAUUGAGAUGUAUUAACCCUGUUCCAUAAUUCUCAUCUCCUUUUGUCUACCUGAACCUUCGAAUAAAUUCGCGUGUUUGUUGCAUUCUGAGUAUCCAUCCAUCGAGGUGGUCAUCUUACCUUUAUGCAGCUUCUCGUAGUGGUUGUUGCUAUAGUGCUGAAUAAAUAUCAUGGAAGGCGCUGUUGAUGAGAUGAUGAUGAUGACAAGCACGAUAAGAUCAUUCAUCACUAAGGAAGUUGUUCUUAAUAGAAACACUCACCAUUUGUGAGAGUUAAAAGAAAUUGUGAGUGUUAAGAUUGUCUGGAAUAUAACUUUUAAGUGACUGUGGAUACUUGUGUUUUUGUGUGAGAAUAAUGUAUCUGUUGUCCUACACUCUCCUGGAUGCCAAUGUUAUACUGCCUUGCCAACAUUUCCAUCAAAAUGUGCUCAAAACAACUGUCAGAAGAAUUUGAAUUUGUUCACUUCGUGGAAUAAUUAACUUUGUAAAAGUGUUACUCCUUUUAUAGAAGAAUCAUCUACAGGCAACGAUUUGAGAACUAUAUCAGAGCAUAAUAUAUAGCAAAGGGAAGUUACUUUUUUACAUCUUUUCAGUAUGAAGCUUGAUGUUUUGUUUUUACGGUUUUAGUUGGGUCUUUUACUGUGGAGAAUAAAUGGGGCACAGUGGUGUGAAAUUUCGUAAACAGAGUGUGCAGUGUAAAAGAUGAAUAAUGGGAUACAAUUCAUGUCUUGAACCUUGAACUUGGUCAUUUUCUUUUCUUUUUUUUCUUUUUCUUACUACAAUGAAAUGGAAUCAGAAUUCAGAAUUCAGAACCCCACUUCCAAGUAUGGAUCGAAAUUCCGUAAUGGUCCUCAUUUUGGUUCUGUUUUUUUUCAAAUUCAUAUUGCCAAAUUUGUCAACAACAGGACAGGAAAUGAAACAGAGGAAGAAAUGCGACCAAAUUUUUUUGAAACAGUACGAUCCAAUUACCUCCAAAGCUUCUGCCCUGCACCCAUUGCUGCAGAGCAAAUAAGAGAAGAGGUCCUCUCUGAAUCUUUUAUUGUUAUCGAAAAAUGAAAAUAAAAUGAGCUGCAAGAAUUGUUCAUUCAGCUGGAGAAUCAGACACAUGUGGUCUGAUCUGACAUUGUGAUAUAUACACAUAUUUCCUCAGACUGUGAACUGUGAAACUGUGAACUCUGUGUGUGUGUGUGUGUAAAUAUAUAGAGACAGAAAAAAAUUCAGUGCACUUUCUUGGUUUUUUUUUUGAGAUAGAGAAGAUGAUGAUGGUGUGAGGCUGAGCUCUGGUGGUGUUGGGUUUGAGACAGUGAGCCAGAGUGACUCUGGCGGGAAGGCCCCCCCUUCCCCCCCCUUGUUGUUGUUGUGAGAAAAGGG